ACAUUCACUGAUUUACUUUGACGUUGCGCCCUUCCUCUGUUUCGUCGUCUUCUAUACUCCAUACACACAACGAAUUCUGCCCUCAAGGAGGCUACGUCUUUUUCUCCGGAGAUUCCCGCCUACUCGACUCGAAGUUGAAUCAUCGAGCUGACCGACUAUAAACAUCUUUACCUUUACCCCUCCCAGAUGCCACUUUUACAACACCUUCGAGAUAAGCUUACCCGUCGAGACUCAACUCAUCGUCACCAGACCUCGAGUGAACAAGCUUACAGUAAUAGCACCAACAUGGGACAAACUCACUCGCAUGAGAAGAGACGCUCAGGAACAGGCUCAGUCAAUCGGAGCAUAGCGUCCCAAUCGAGAAGCAUAGGAAAGCCAACUCCCACAAGCCAUCAGGACCCAUGGUCGCCCCCACCGUACUCCGCUGAACCUACAGCGAAGAUGCCUAUGCCAUCAACAGCCUCGAGCACCUCAUCAGGCGACUCGCCGUAUUCAUUCCUACGCGAGUUUGACACCAUAUUUGUGGUUGAUGAUAGCACAUCCAUGCGCGGGCGGCGCUGGAAGGAGGCCGAAGAUGCUAUCGCCGCGAUCGCUCCGAUCUGCACGCAGUAUGACAGGGAUGGAAUCGACGUGUGGUUCCUCAAUCACCGCAGAGAUACUGGUCGAAGGGGGCCGGGGUCAUACACGAACAUCACGCUGGCGGACAACGUCCGGGAGAUCUUUGGCAGCGUGUAUCCCCAGGGUCCGACGCCGUUCGGCCGCCGCUUGAUGGAUAUCCUGGGCCCCUACAUGCGCGACCUGGAGAAAAAGGUCGCCGCAAGCGAUGCGUUCGAGGACUCCACGCAGCUGCUUAAACCAUUAAACAUCAUUGCGAUCACCGAUGGAGCGUUCACGGAUGACGCGGAAAGUGUGAUUGUUAAUGUGGCCCAGCGACUCGACAAGAUCUCGGCCGUGCCCUGGCAGGUUGGGAUUCAGUUUUUCCAAAUCGGCGAUGACCCCGUGGCGCGGCAGUAUCUGCAGGACCUGGACGAUGAGUUGGGCAAGAUGACACAUCAGAAGAACUUGCGCGAUAUUGUCGACACCGUGCCGUGGCGAGGCGACAAGGGGCAGACCCUGAGUGCAGAUGGCAUUCUGAAGUGCGUGCUGGGCGCAGUGAAUCGGAAGUAUGAUAAGCGGGACGGGCAUCGUUGAUUACGAUUGCUUCAGGGUGAUCAUUGUUGUUAUUGUUGUUGCUAUUCAUAUCCGCUGCCACUGCCUUCUCUCCCACUGCUGCGACACCCCGUUGCCUUCUUUCCCCCUCUUCUCUCUUUGCUUGUUUCACUUCUUUUGCUCUGAUGCAAAUGUUGAUCAGUGGUGACUUUUCGGCUUGGCUUCGGUCCUUAAUCAUGUUAUAAUGAGAAUGGGCGCCAUAGAUGAAACGCGUCGCAGCAAGCGCCCAGUUGCCGCCGUCCGUGUCGGGGGGGGGGCUCUGAGUUCCUUGAAUUCUGGCGGGAUGCCGUGACUGGUCAAAUGCUACGACAAUACUAAAUCAUAAUAAUGUCUAUGCUUCCUUUUUUCCCUGUAGCUCCCCUUGUGUAGUUUCUUUAGUUCCUACCUAUAGUUAUCUGUAGGCUAGCUUGCAAUACACUUCAAGGAGGUGUAUGAUUGGCAAUGUCAUUGCACGGAUU